GCAGCAGAAACACCAGCGUUGCUGCGACCGCGUUGGCGAUGGCGCACGAAGGCUCGGUGAGCUUCAGUUCAGCUGGGGAUGCGCCAGAGCCAGGGUCGGCCGUUAAGGUCGGUGUCGGGAACAGUGGGCUGGCUCUGGGCCGCCCAGUGCCCCUACUUGCUCCCGCCCACCGCGCGGGAGUUUAGAUGACCAAGGAAGCCACGUCGGUACUCGGGCAGAAAACCUACACCUGCACGGUGCCCACUCAAACGCUUUGUUACACUCAAGCCAUGAGGGAAAGGGUCAGUGGGUGGUGUAGAGCCCGAGAACAGGAAGUGGAUUUUGAAACAGCUAAUGAAUGUAUCCCUGCACUAGGUUGGACAGCCCCCAUUGGCUACAGGAAAGCGGGAGGGGUGUGAGUCCCCUACUCCCUCUUUGCAGUGGCCCCAGCCCCCUUACCGUCUGCCUGGGAUCUGAGUACAUAUUGCAGUGAUGGAGAUGCAGUCACCUAUUGUCCAGAGGCAGGAGAGGCAGGUCCGAGACCGCGGGGUGACCCGGUCCAAGGCGGAAAAAGUGCGGCCGCCCACUGUGCCAGUGCCUCAGGUGGAUAUUGUGCCUGGGCGGCUCAGUGAGGCCGAGUGGAUGGCGCUUACAGCCCUCGAGGAGGGCGAGGACGUCGUAGGGGACAUCUUGGCCGACUUGCUGGCUCGAGUCAUGGACUCUGCUUUCAAAGUCUACCUGACUCAGCAGUGCAUUCCAUUCACCAUCAGCCAGGCCCGGGAGGCCAUGCUGCAGAUCACCGAGUGGCGCUUCCUGGCCCGGGACGAGGGAGAAUCUGCAGUAGCUGAGGACCCCACAUGGGGUGAGGACGAGGAGCCUUCGGCAUGCACGACGGACUCCUGGGCUCAGGGUUCAGUGCCCGUGCUGCACGCGUCCACCUCGGAGGGCCUGGAGAACUUCCAAGGCGAAGUACACUCCUCAGGAGCCUCUCCGGACUCCUCUGCCAUUACUCCUGCUCUCCCCUUUCCGACAUCUCACUGCCCGAGUGCAUUUCCCCAGGACCCUGGGGGCGUGGACCGGAUCCCUUUAGGAAGGUCGUGGAUGGGUCGAGGCUCCCAGGAGCAGAUGGAAUCUUGGGAGCCUUCUCCGCAGCUGAGAGUCACCUCGGCCCCUCCUCCCACAUCAGAGCUGUUUCAGGAGGCAGGGCCCGGAGGUCCUGUAGAGGAAGCGGACGGCCAGUCUAGAGGCCUCUCCUCGGCCGGGUCCUUGAGCGCGAGCUUCCAACUGUCGGUGGAGGAGGCGCCUGCCGACGAUGCCGACCCUUCUCUGGAUCCGUACCUGGUAGCCAGCCCCCAGGCCUCAACCGGGAGAGGACACCCCCUCGGCUUCCGUUUGUCGUUGGAAGACCCCUACUGUUGCAUGCCCCAACUGGACGCGGCUGGGGAUCGGCUGGAACUCAGGUCAGAGGGGGUGCCCUGCAUCGCCUCGGGCGUGUUGGUGUCCUACCCCUCUGUGGGCGGCGCCACCCGCCCCUCCGCGUCCUGCCAGCAGCAGCCGGCCGGGCACUCGGAUGUGCGGCUGAGCGCCCACCACCACAGGAUGCGCCGCAAGGCGGCCGUGAAACGCCUGGACCCUGCGAGGCUCCCGUGCCACUGGGUGCGCCCUCUGGCUGAGGUCCUGGUCCCAGACUCUCAAACACGCCCCUUGGAAGCCUACCGCGGACGCCAGCGGGGCGAGAAGACCAAGUCCCGGGCCGAACCCCAAGCCCUCGGCCCCGGCACCCGUGUCUCCCCGGCAGCGUUCUUCCCUCUCCGGCCAGGCAUUCCUUUCCGUGACUUGGACUCGGGCCCCGCACUCCUGUUCCCCACUUUAAAUUUAGGCCUAUCGUCGCCAUCCCUCGAGUCAAAGCUGCCACUCCCCAACUCCAGGAUCCGCUUCCUCACCACACACCCGGUGCUCCCUGAUGUGGCCCGCAGCCGCAGCCCCAAGCUGUGGCCCAGUGUCAGGUGGCCCAGCGGUUGGGAGGGGAAGGCCGAGCUGCUGGGCGAGCUGUGGGCUGGCCGGACCUGCGUGCCUCCACAGGGUCUGGAGCUGGCAGACAGGGAGGGCCAGGAUCCUGGCAGAUGGCCUCGAACCACACCCCCGGUCCUUGAAGCCACUUCCCAGGUGAUGUGGAAGCCGGUGUUGCUGCCAGAAGCCCUGAAGCUGGCCCCUGGUGUGAGCAUGUGGAACCGGAGCACCCAGGUGUUGCUCAGCUCUGGUGUGCCUGAACAAGAGGACAAAGAAGGUAGCACCUUUCCUCCCGUUGAGCAACAUCCCAUCCAGACAGGUGCCCCAAAGCCCCAGGUGACCGUAGCACAGCUAAUGAAGAACUCAGCCCCCAAAGUGUGGUCACGCUCCUCUAAGCCUGCUGCCUCCCUCUGAUCCCUGAGCCUCUGGCAGUAGUAACUGGCCCCUCCCUCUGCUAGCCAGAAAUAAACACCUGAGUUGCCUUAGGAACUAG